AUGUCAAAAAUGAAUAGAAACGUGAAAAUGGGAUUCAGAAUUACCGACAGUCAACCACAACACGUGGAGGAAAAGAAAAUCGAUAUACCCGUGGUAGAUAAUGCAGAAUCGAGGAAGCAAUUAGUAGCCCGUAUCGAGAACAUUACUUCAUCUAUAAUCCAACAGAUAUGUUCGGGUCGAUUACCACAAAUUUCAUAUUCAUCAGUACGGAAUUAUGCUACAGUAGACACGCAUACUGCCAAAGACAAUGAUCCCGAGUCGGAAUUUCACGAAGAACCUGAUCAGAAUUCUGAAGAAAUCAAAAGAAAUGAAACAAGAACGGUGAUCAAUUUUGCUACUAAAAGAGGCAAAGACAAGUUUGCUUUAAUGAUGACCGUGAUGGCUGCUGCGCAUCGUUUGCUAAUUAUAAACUCGACCAUUACAAGACGAUCUCUUUAUUACGACCUGAAAAACGAUAAAACGUUGAAUUUAGUUCCAGAACAGUGGUAUCUGGAUCAGGCUGUGAAUCAUGUGGCUAAUUUACUAAACUGCUCGCCAUGGGAGCUAAAUUUGUUGCCAACAUCAAAGGGAUUAGUAGCUGGUGAAUUGACGUUCACUCUAACUGACAAUCGUAUUAUUGAUUGCACGGUGCCUGGAGGUGUCCUUAUUCCGCACAAUGUAUCAGAGGUAAUUUCCGUUCGCACCAGGGCCAAAAUGGUGUUGAUUGUCGAGAAAGAUGCUGUCUUUCAAAAAUUGUUAGAGGAUGAUUGUAUCUCUUCGUUGAGCUGCAUUCUGGUCACGGGAAAAGGGUAUCCGGACGUGACUACAAGAAUGCUGGUUAAAUUGCUGUCCGAAAAAUUGGAACUUCCGGUUUAUAUAAUCGUAGAUGCAGACCCUUUCGGUGUGGACAUCAUGUGUGUUUAUCGUUUUGGCUCGGCUGCGUUAUCCAGAGAGAGGAAAUGCUUGGCCUGUUCGAAGGUACGCUGGCUGGGAAUACAUCCAUCGGAAUUGCUCGCUCUGGGAGUGAAUACCGUUCCCCUCACGGAAUUCGAUUUCUCGAGACUGAUGGCUCUCGAAGGCAGGCCUUAUAUGACCGACGCGUUUAGGAAAGAACUUGAAAUUAUGCGAACUGGUAAAGCGGAGAUAGAGAAUGUGUAUUCCUCCUCGGGAAGAUUUCUAGCAGCCACCUAUUUACCUUGCAAGAUCAAAGGCAACGAUUAUAUUUAACAUUGCUGUAUGAUACAGGAUGAUUCAUAAUUAAAAACAUUGGAUGGAACGAAAGAAAACAACAAGAUUUCAGGUAAUGUAACAGUUUAUUGAAAACACUUUUGUUCGCCCGUGGUCAGGGCCGAGUCUCGCUGAUAUUAAAAAACGCAGAGUCUUAGUAACAUGAUUAUCUCGUGGGUGUUACGUGGAAUUAUAACGAUAUCCGCGAAAUCGGCGUCUUUAAACGAUUACAGGAAGCCUGCUUGAAAAUUGAUUUUACAACAGUGGUUACAAAUGAAACUUUAUUCUUUAAGUAACACGUAUCUUUAACACGUUGAAUUACAUUAUGAAACAUAUUUGAUUACUCGAAAAAUAAAACGUACGAAUAUACAAUUCUGUUUGUAAUAUGUGGACAUAUUAAAAAUCUGGAAAAUAAACGUAUGUAGUAUGGGAAAAUAUUCAUUUAUUUUGACCAUUACGAAGUGCUAUAAAACUAAAAACUUUGAUCUAUUCGAAAUUCCCAAAGCAAUAAUUAAAUAUUUUGCGUGAAUAUUUUAACAAUUUAUCGAGCGAGUAAUUUAGAAA